AUGACUGGGUAUUACAGACUUUGUGGGUUUGAUAUUCUGCUUGAGCACAUUAUGUGUGAAUUUGGCCCUGAGGUCCAGUGUGUUGCUGCCGUGCAGCCGCCAAGGCCAUACAGUGGCAUGGUAUAUGCACAGAAGGAGCUAGUUCCUAUCUUGCUCCUCAUGUUAGUGCAGGAGGAUCUUAUGAUUGGGGAGGAAAAAGCUUUCUGGGUUCUGGAAGAGAGCACAGAGAUUGGUAGGUUGAUGGAUGGCAAAACAAUCUCUACACAGUAG